CGGCUGCUCCUUCAUUCGGGUCGUCCACUGGAUGUUCGCGCAGCUGCUCGGCUCCGCCUUCUCACCGGUGAUUGGCCGCCAGAACUGUAGCUCAGGAAAGGCACACAGGCGGCCAAUCACCGGCGAGGAGGCGGAGCUGAGCGGCCCCGCGAAAAUCGAGUGAAGGAGAUGCAGGUAAGUGUGCCGUGCUUAGGUGCUGCUGCAACCACAUAUGCUGGCUGCAGCAGCACCAUACUGGAACAGGGGUCAGCAAGUGUCAGGGUCUCCUAAGACCAUCGGAAA